AUGUUGCUUUCAAGUUUGUUCAAUUUACUCCCUCUCAAUCUCGGUCAGAUAUAUGUUGCUGUAAACAGAUUCCAUCUACGGUUUCAUCAACGACUCAGUGCGUUGCUUUGUAUUAUAUUCACUUUGACAUGUUUUGUUAUUGUUUCUUAUGAAAUUGCUAUCUCAGGCUUUCUUCUUCUUCAACGUCCUCCAAUAGUUACUUCGUCCAAGUUGAUCGAGAAAAUUAUCAAGAACAAUGAAACAAGAUGGCUUAAAUCAUAUGUAGCAGCAGGUUGUAUCAUCCAUGAUGCUGCACAAAGCACUAGAGCUUGUUUUCUGUGGCUAAAGAAGCUUGUUAAAGGAGCAGCCGGGUACGUAGAAGAGCAGCCGCUAAGGAUCCAAUAA